CUGGGUGUGGCCAGGCAGGAGUCCCCAAAAUGGUCCCCAGCUUCAGAGGCCUUUAGGGAAGGAACAAUAGCUGGGGUGACCUGGAAGAGAUCUUAGGUCAAGGUGGGGGACACCGAGGAGAGUGUGGGAUAGGGUUGCAGAUAAAUCUAAGGGUGACAAGCCCAGAAUCUUACUGCCCAGAAACUCCCACCCUGAAGGUGGAGCUCCAACAAGGGACAGCCAAGAGGACCAAGACCGCCAGGGCUUUUACGGGAACCGGCCCCACUGGCUGGCCACGGUGCCCUGGGUAGGCCUGCAUGGACAUCCCCAUCAGCAGCAGAGACUUCCGCUGCCUGCAGCUGGCGUGCGUGGCCCUGGGCCUGGUGGCCGGCAGCAUCAUCAUCGGCGUCUCCGUGUCCAAAGCUGCAGCCGCUCUGGGUGGUAUCUUUAUUGGCGCUGCUGGUCUGGGACUCCUCAUGUUGGCUUACCCCUUCCUGAAGGCUCGGUUCAACCUAGACCACAUCCUGCCUAACAUAGGGAACCUGAGAGUCCACCCCCAUCCAGCGCCAGACCAAGGGGAGGGAAGAUCCAACGCCAAUGGCAAUAAAGAGGGAGUCCGAAGCAGCCUGGCCACUGUGAGCAGAACCUUGGAGAAGCUGAAGCCAGGGGCCCGGGGGACUGGGGAGGGCUGAGCCCCUGGCUGAGGGGCUGUCCCCUGCCCUGCUCUGCCCUCCCUUCCUGCCUGCCACCCGGAUUUCAGAGCCCUCCUGGGUCCAAACCAGAAAUGAACCAGGACCUGGAGAUAUCAGACCUGCACUCACCUGGCCAAGGCUCUUGGCAACGGGAUCCACAGAGUGGGGUCCGGAAGUCUGAAACAAGAUGUCGCUGGAAGCCCCACGGGGGUCUUUGUUUUAGGCUCUUGACCUGGAUUUUCUCUCUGGACUUCAGCUCAGCUUCCUUCCACUUUCUAUCUACUGACUGGUUUCUGUGGAAUUUAGGGUCCAGGGAUACCCCGGUCUCUUGCUUCAGCCUGAUCACAGAAGUGAACCACAGGCCCACAGGAACCACAGACAGAGUCCUGGCUGGGCCCUUCAGCCCCCAGGCCUGGCCCUGGGCCUCUAGAGCUCACUGGCUGAAUAGAGGGGCUGGAUCUGAUUCUUUUGGGGAUAUUAAAACUCCGUGCAACUCCUCAGGGACCUUAGCAGCAGUGAACCUGAGGGGGAGUGGGAGGUGAGGGGGGGAGAAGGAUCCUAAACAAACCAAGUGGUCACUGUCAUGACGGGGGGCUUCCAGGAGGAGGUGGCUCCUGAGCUGAGCCGGCCCCUGAGACUCUUGGUAUUUGACUCCAGACAA